AUGCCUGAAUACACCGCAUUCUUCUACGGGACGUUGAUGCAUCCCAAAAUCCUCAUGCGCGUCAUUGCCAACGACGGUCAUCACCUCAGGCUCUGUCCUGCAGUUCUCUUGGACCAUACCCGCCAUAAAGUCAAGUAUGCGGAUUAUCCCGGGGUUAUCCCUUUCGACAAGGCAAAAUGUCUUUUCGAGCACUCUCUUACGCAGGGAGAAAAGUCUGUCAGAGGCACAUUGGUCACAGGCCUAACGGCGAAGGACAUUUAUGCGUUGGAUGUCUUUGAAGGCUCAGAAUAUACACGAGAAAGUGUUCCUGCCCAUCCUCUCGAUUCACUGAGAGACAUCUCGGCGUACGCAUUGGAACAGGGAUCUCUCCCUGCACACCCUCCGCCCCUCCCAGCUACAUUUGAGCUGCUUCCGGCGAUUCCUGCACAGACAUACAUUUACCGCGACGAGAAAAACCUAGAGGCACAGCUCUGGUCAUACGAAGACUUUGUCAAGAAAAAUGCCUGGAAAUGGCACGGGGAAGCAGCCGAUAACAACGAAGACAUCACAGAGGUGGACAGAAGACGGGAAAACGGGCAGAAGGAAAUAGAGGCACUCGAGGCUUAA